CGACGAAGCAGCUGAGUUCUCAGUCUGAAGACAUCUGAUCGAAACAUGGUACCUUCUGUAAGAAAGCAUUCUGGGAAAUCUGGGAAACAAUCAGUGGAGGAUCAGCUUGUAAGAGUCUUUGACUUUGAGAAAGAAGAUAAAGAUCUGAGUGGUUCAGAGGAGGAUGUUGCUGAAGGAAAGACCCCAGCAAUUGAUAAGCAUGGGAAGAAAAGGCCUUCUGCAGGAAUAGUUGAAGAUAUGGGGGGUGAAGUACAGAACAUGCUGGAAAAAUUUGGAGCUGACAUUAACAAAGCUCUUCUUGCCAAGAGAAAAAGAUUAGAAAUGUAUACCAAGGCUUCUUUCAAAACCAGUAACCAGAAAAUUGAACAUGUUUGGAAAACACAGCAGGAGCAAAGACAGAAGCUUAACCAAGAAUAUUCUCAGCAAUUUAUGAAUCUGUUUCAGCAGUGGGAUAUAGAUUUGCAGAAAGCUGAGGAACAAGAAGAAAAACUAGCUAAUAUGUUUCGACAACAACAAAAGGUUUUUCAACAAUCUAGAAUUGUUCAGAAUCAGAGACUGAAAACAAUUAGACAACUAUAUGAGCAGUUCGUAAAGGUAAAUGUUGUACAUUUUGUAACAAUACAGUCUUAAAAAAACAAUAUACUUAUGGAAAUAGAAAAUAAUUCUUUUGUUUCCAAACUUACGGGGAAAAGUAUUUUGCUAAUGCAUUUAAAAUUUUUACCUUUUCAUUUUGAACUCAUUUCUGACAAGUGACAAUAUAUAUCUUUAGGAUUCUUUUUUAUGGUGAUUAUUCAAGACAGAAAUGGUAAAUUGGGAAUUUUACCUGGAAAUAUACUUAUGUAUCAAAUCCACAAAAUUAACAUUUAAGUCAUUAUUCUCUGUUUAACUGUUUCUACAUAGUCUUUAUUAAAUAGAAAAGAUCCAAUUGAAAUUAAUAUUUAUUUUCAGAUAUACGUAUAAGUAUGGCAUAUUUGCUUUUAGAAUUUAUUGCAGUAAUCAAAAAUGACUUUAUAUUCCAACUUUUAAGAGAUAGGCAAGAUAGCUUAAGAGUAAAAAUCUGUGGAUUGAAAUUAUUUACUGAUAAUUGUGCAAGUUGUGAUCUAAAUAGUAAAAUAGUUUUAAAAAUGCAAAAGUUACUUUUAAAAUUAAAAGCAUUUUCAUGUAGAGAACUUGCUUUCUCUAAUGCUCCCUGAGAAUAAAAUUUGUUAAUUGGUAUGAAGGUUUGAUAAAACUAGAAAAUAUUUUUUUCUAAAUAUUAUAAUUAAACAUUACUACCUAGGAUAGGAACUUCAGUAUACUUUGACUCCUCCACCUCCUUUAUCUUUCACAUUCAUUUAUAACUAGGAUCUUGUAAUUUUUCUUCAUCAGUGGUUCUUUCUUUUAAUUCCCACUGUUAUUACUUUAGUUCGGGGCCUUAUCACUUUUUGUUUUUACCAUUAAAACUCUUAACUGAUUUCUCUGUUCUCCAGGCCAUCCUUCAUAAGUCUUCCAUGUUAUUUUUCUAAAAAAAAAAAAAAAAAAUCUCUUUCCUCCUGAAAAAUCUACAUUCCCAUUCUACAUUCUUAGGUCUUUGAGAUCCCUGUCAUGACUUUUUUUAAGUUUCAUGUAGUUUAUUACUUCUACCCCUCUACAUAAUUGCUUUCUCUGAACCCACUCACUCAUGCUUUUGCUUAUAUUCUCCCCCUAGAAUACUUUCGACUCCUUUAUUUAUUGAAAUUUUACUUUUUUGCCAAAUAAAUUGGAUUCAAUCCCCAUUUUCUUUGAUAUAGCCUGAGUAAGCUACAUUUCCAUUCCUGUUAUAAAGCUUUUGUGUUAUUUUUGUUUAUAUGUUUCUUCUCUUUGGAAUAAUGAAGCAACCAUGAAUUAUUUAUUUUUAAAUUUCUCCACAGCACUUAACAUAGUACUUUUAACAUAGUAGGCACUAGGAUAACUGUUGA